UAAUUAACUUCUUUUGCUAUAUUCUCUUUUGCUUUUUCAAAAAGACUAAUAGGUGGAAAAGUAUGAAUUUCCUAAUAUAUUCUCUUUUGCUUUUUCAAAAAGACAAAAUAAUUAACUUCUUUUGUUAUAUUCUCUUUUGCUUUUUCAAAAAGACAAAAUAAUUAACUUCUUUUGCUUUUUCAAUGAUAGCUGUUACUCCCUCCUUCCUUUAUAAUUUAUGUGUAACCAGCCUUAACACAUAACAUGCACCCUCAAUACAACAAAACACAAAUACAAAUCUUCAAAUCUCCCCCCUUUAAGUUUGAAACAAAUCCAUCACAACUUCAAUCUCUUCCCUUCAAUCUCUUCAGAGCCUAACUCUGUGCCGGCAGCUACUUGCGCCGUGUACUUAUAGUGAAAUGCAGGUCAAGGUCGUUGUCAUCAAUAUUGACGAAAACCGUGAAAUGUCUGAAAUCCAAGGAGAGAAUGUUCAAACAAGCUUUGUUGGAGAGUCCAGCUCUAAUGCCCAAUCAUCUCUCAAAGAUGAGCAUCACUGUCAUACCCCAAAAUUUGCCCAACAUAUUUUUAUAUGCUCGGUGUUAUACCCCAAAAUUUGCCCACAUAUUUUUCAAGAAAACUCCAAUCUGAAAAUUAAGGGUCUCAUAUAAUCAUGGAUUUUUAUUUCAACAAAUAUCCUGACAUAUGAAAUACUUAGUUUUUAGAAUUUUUCUUGUACAGUAAUUUGGCUUGCAGUUGAAUUUAUUCUUACGCAAACACCAAAUACUGUGUUUUACUUCACACAUGCUAUUUAUUUAUUUACAGAUAAAUGGUACUGACACAAUUGGUACAGAGUUAAAUCUUUUUGCAGGCGCAGAAUCAGGAAACUCAGACUGUACUGGUAACAAGUAGAUUAUUAUUAUCUUUUGUUUCCCACUAAUUUUUGUACUAUAUUCCAUUAUUUGCAAAAAUCUUUUCAAAUCUCUUUUUCAAAAAUCAAAUCUCUCCUUUUUCCAACACUAUCAUACACUUUCUUUCAAAUCUUACUUCCACUCAAAUUUUCCUUUUGUACGGAAUCACAUCAUUCCCCAACGUCUCUUUCCUUCUUUCCAUUCUAUAAAUACCCCUCAUUUAACUUCCAUACAGGAUCAGUAUCCUUUUAUUUUCUAUUUUAUUUUCUAUUUUGUUUUAAUUUCUUUGUUAAAUUAAUUAAAAAUAGUUUUAAAAAUCCAAAAAAUACACAAAAAAUAUUUUUAUACUUCUAAAAUAAUAUAUUAUUUUCUGAAAUAAAAAUAUUUUAUUUUUCUUCAAAAUUUCAAUAUUUUACAUAAUUAAUUAGUAUAUAUUUAUAUAUUGGCUUUUUAAUUAUUCUAACCAAUCAAAAAAUCAUAAAAAAAAUUGUUCUUUGUGUUAAAUAUUGUUUAUAUAUUAUAAAAUAAUUUUGUACAUAUUUUGAAUAAUUUUCUUUUUAAGUUUUAAUUAUUUGUAUAAUUAUUUGUAUAAUUAUGUAUUAAUUAGCUUAAUCAAUUUCCAAUCAAUUUCAAAAAUUCCAAAAAAAAUUAGUUUUGUUUUAAAAUUAAUUAACAAAUAUUUUGUACAUAUUUUAAACUUAAUUUCUAGGUUUAAAUCUAUUUUCAUCUUUUUUCUUCAUUUUAAUUUAAUUAAUCAUGCAUUAAUUAUAAUUAAAACCAAUCAUAAAAAUUCCAAAAACAUGCCUUUUAUUUUUCUUGCAAUUUAAAAUUCCUAGAUAAAUGUAUAGGAUGUCAAAUUCAUGUAAAUAGGCUAGUUUACGUUUCCUGCACAAUCGAUGUAAUAGCGUAGAUUUACUUUCCGCACUUUACAUUUCCGCAUUUUAAUUUCCAGCACAUAUAAACUGCGUGUAUGUCAAAGAUAAAAUUGAACCGUUAGAUCACUAACUUCAAAGAUAAAUAUCUGAAUCCAAUCACAAUCACACUUGCACCUCUUAAGGUAAUCCCUUCUCAUUCCUUUCAAAAUCAAAGUCAAAAUUCCACUGUUUUGAGUACAAAAUCGAACCUUGCUUUUAUAUCCGGUGAAAGGAUAGAUUUUUAAAGGAAAUAGGAUAAAGACCUUACAACUCAGGGUAGACCUCCUAGUUUGCUUGCUCAAAUCAAAACAAACAAAAUUCUCAUACACUGUUGAUUUUUCAAAACUUUCAAAAAAAGACAAUACUUUGUAUACAUCCAAACACGGGUUAUUACAAAGUUAACGUUUUUUCCAAAACAUCUUUCGAAAGAUAAACAAGCAUUUUGUAUACAUCCACACACGGAUCAUUACAAAAUUCAAUUUACAAAAGUAUUUGAAACCACAUAUGAGCAAUUUCAGAGCAAUUGAAAAGUGAUCGAAAGACAAGUGAGCUAAGCAAACUUAAGAGCCCAUGGAUAACCAUGGAUACAAAGGGUGCUAACACCUUCCCUUUGUAUAACCUACCCCCUUACCCAGAAUUUCUUAAAGGUCUUUUUUCUGUUUCUUUUAUAAACCUUUCCUUAAUUGGAUAAAAUAAAAGGUCGGUGGCGACUCUGUGAAUUUUCAAAAAAUGCGAAAGCAUUAAGCGACAAAAAAGAGUCAGUUCACGUAUCUCUACAGAUCAGAGGUAUGGCCCGGUAUUAAAAAAAUCGGAGGUCCACAGAACUGGCGACUCUGCUGGGGAGUUACUUUCAAAAAACAAAAUGUUUUCAAAAGGGGUUACCUUAAGAGAAUAGAUCACUUCGAUGUUUUCAAUUGUUUGACUUGAUUGCUCUAUUUUUCAAAGGCUUGCUUGGGUAUUUUGCUUGUGUGAAAGAUUCUAACCCGAAUCUCGAGAUACCUUAAGUAUAUGACAAUAGACCAAGGAAACUGUACGGCAUGUACCGAUACGGUUGAUCUGGUAGUCAUCGUUAGUGCGAUACUUUGGUUUAUACUGAUGUCCCUUGAAAACGAUCAAGGAGUAUAUUAGGCUUCCGAAAUGUCAUUAAACACUAAUUUGUCUUAGAACCUUUUUAGUUGAACUUGACUUGUGGCCUUUUAAGUGGCUAGAUUUGAAAUUGAUCGAAGUUAGUUAUCCUCGAGGAAUAUUUUGAUCGGCCGCUCGAGCGCCGUAUUGAGAUGUUACUUCCAAGGAUCAUAGAACCCGAAUCCAAUUCUAGGACAGGUUUUAACCAACUCAACUUCAGUGGGGAGGGUAUCACCUAUCAGCUUCAUACAAGCCUUUAAACCUAAGGCUAUUGUUUGAUUUGUUUUUGUGUGCCACAUGUUUGCAUCAUAAGCAUAUCAUUUUUGCACCAAACACUUCAAGGAUCAAAGAGUUUACCUUUGUUUUUGCAGGUAAUGGCUCCCGCCACCAAAGAUUACAUCCGAAUCCACAUCUCAACGGUACCGUCUGAACUAAAAGACUUAGUGUCAGAAUUCCCCAGGAAUGUUCAAUUCACCGAAAGGCAUGGUCACCUACUCCAUUUGGUUACCUCAAAAUUUGAAGAAGACAUGAUACGGGUCCUGUUCCAGUUCUUUGACCCUGAACAUCAUUGCUUUACCUUUCCUGAUUACCAGUUGGUACCCACUUUGGAAGAAUUCUCUGAACUAAUUGGAUUGCCUGUUCGAAAUCAAUUACCUUUCACUGGUUUAGAAAGGACUCCAAAACCUGAAGUCAUUGCUGCUGCUUUACAUCUGCGGAAAUCAGAAAUUGAGUCCAAUUGGGAAACAAAGAGUGGAGUUAAGGGUUUACUUGCCAAGUUCUUAUUGGAAAAGGCUCGACUACUGCUAGAAAACAAAAGUUAUCCAGCUUUUAAGGAAGUUAUGGCACUUUUGAUCUAUGGGUUGGUUUUAUUCCCUAAUCCCGACCAGUUCAUAAGUGUACACAUCAUCAACCUUUUCCUAAUCCGUAACCCGGUGCCAACCUUGCUGGGAGACAUUCUACAUUCUUUACACACUCGUACCAUGAAGAAACGAGGAACUCUCAUGUGCUGUAUACCACUACUGGCUAGGUGGUUUACAUUUCAUCUUCCCCGAUCAGUGUUGAGAAAUGAACAAAGAAUGCAUUGGUUUCGCAGGAUUAUGUCUUUGUCUCAUUCAGAUAUCCGUUGGAACAACUUCUUUCAAAGAGACAUUACUAUCAUUGAUCAUUGUGGAGAGUACCCUAAUGUGCCACUCCUUGGCAUCAAAGGAGGCAUCACUUACAAUCCCUCUUUAGCUCUACGCCAAUUCGGAUAUGCAAGGAGCAACGGUCCUCAUGACAUGAUUAUCCAUGGCAUUGUGUUUGAUUACGAGAAUGAUUCUCAUAGACACCGACGAAGGUUCAUACAUGCAUGGGGCAGUGUCUAUAGAAUAGAAAGCAAAACUCUGGGGCAAUGGAAUUCUAUUCCUAUGGAACCCUACCUCAGAUGGGUCCGUACUCAUGCUCAGAAACUCCUUAUGCCAUAUCCUGCUGUUCUACCUGUGACUAUUGAACCAGAGGUCGAAGGAUAUGAACCUCAAGUUAUUCUACACCCGGACAUGCCAACUGACCUAGAAGAGUUGCAAAAAUCUUGGGUUCAACUCAAAGAGGAAAGAGACACCUUCAAAUCAUACUGUCAAGACUAUGAGAGAAGGAUAUUGGAGCUCACCGAACAGCUUCAAGAAGAACAGCAGAUCAACACAUUCCUGGGGGCAAAGAGAAAGCGUCCACGGGAGACCUGAAGGAUCAUUUACUUUAUUUCUGUCUUGUAAGCCCAAAUGAGGCAAAGAAAAAAAGAAGCAAAAAGAAAAAAGAAAUAAAUUGAUUAACUAACGUUUGUUUCUUCUUUAACAAAUCUAAACUCUAAGAUCCUUGAAACAUUGCACACACAUUUCACUUCAUGCAUUGCAUAUACAUUUCAUACAUUGCAUUCAUAUACAUUGCAUAUACAUUUCAUACAUUGCAUACACAUGGCAUCCAGUCAUACACAUUGCAUAACAGGUUCACAUGACGGAUUUCUCAUCUUCUCGCUGUUUAUUUCAGUCAGAAGAGAUGGAAUCCGAAAUGAGCAUCAAGAAUCUCGAAGCACAGAAUGCCCAAGUUCAAGUGGCAAUUAUGGAACUGGCAAAGGGGCAGCAAGAACUGAAAGCCCUGAUAAUCAAGAAGAAAAAGAAGCCUAAAGGAUCUGUAGGCGUGAGUCACCUGAAAAGGAAGAUCAAAAUCCCAGUCAAAAAGUUCAAAAAGCCACCGAUCCCUGAAACAGUCGGUGAUGAUGAACAAGAAGACAAUCAAAGCAACCAGGGUUCCGCUAAACCAUCUCUCUCUUCAAAUGAAGAAAAUGAUCAUUCAGGGGACGAACCGGAUGAUGAAAAAUACCAACAGCUGGAAGACCGUAUGAAAGCUAUGGAGAUACAAAAAAUACCUGGCUUAGAUUUCAAUGAUCUGGGGCUCAUCUCGGAUGUUGUUAUCCCUCCAAAAUUCAAAGUUCCUGUCUUUGCAAAAUAUGAUGGAGUUUCUUGCCCGAAACUACAUCUGAGAUCCUAUGUAAGGAAGAUACAACCUCAUACAACGGAUAACAAAUUGUGGAUUCACUUCUUCCAAGAAAGUCUGUCGGGUACACAACUCGAGUGGUACUAUCAGCUGGAAAAUACUAAGGUUCAUACUUGGGAAGAAUUAGCUGCUGCUUUUUACAAACAGUACCAAUACAAUGCUGAUCUUGCACCAACCCGUACUCAACUAAGGGGCAUGUCUAUGGGACCAAAAGAAAGUUUCAAAGGAUAUGCACAAAAGUGGAGAGAUAUGGCUGGAAGGGUUCAACCACCCUUAUCUGAUCGCGAACUAGUUGACAUGUUCAUGGGCACUUUAACUGGCCCUUUCUAUAGCCAUUUGCUGGGAAGCUCAUCAUCAGGUUUCACUGACCUGAUACUGACCGGAGAACGUGUCGAAAGUGGCAUUCAAAAUGGAAAAAUUCAAAUAGGUUCCUCCUCUGGUACUACAAAAAGGCCCAUCAGCGGGAGAAAUGAGGUCAAUGCAACACAAAUUCAGAAAAGUCGCAAAAGUGAGCAGCAUCAAUCUGUAGGGGCAGUUCUGAUCUCCGCAUCUGCACCUCGAAAAGAUCAACAGCCAAAAUAUACGCAUCGACCAGAUGCACCAAGAAGAAAUUUCACCAAAAUCAACAUGCCAAUUUCUCAGGCAUUGCAGCACUUGCUAAAAGCAGAUCUGAUCACCUUAAGAGGUCCUCCAAGGAAUGUCAACACUUCCUCUCCGAAUUAUCGCCCUGAUGCGACAUGUGCCUAUCACUCAAACUGUCCAGGACAUGACGCAGAUCACUGCUGGGCCCUGAAAAAUAAAAUACAAGAUAUGAUAGAUGCUGGUGAAAUUGAGUUCGAUCCUCCAGAAACUCCAAAUGUCAUCACUGCACCUAUGCCAAAGCAUGACAAAACUGUUAACGCUAUCCUGGACACUGUUUACAUCUAUGAUGUGAACGAAUUAUCAACUCCACUCUGCGAAGUCAAAGGAAAGCUAAUCCGAGCUGGUUACUUCCCAGGAUGUGACCCCGACUGCUUUUACUGCUCUUGCCUGCCCAAUGGUUGUGAAAAUCUGAGGAUGGGAAUUCAAAAAUGGAUGGAUCGCCGUAUCAUUAUGUUUGAGAGGCUCCCUUCUAUGGACGUGCUGUGCGAAGUCUUUACAAACGGGAUGAGAAUAGAGGAUGCCUCAGUGAUCUCCAGCUUACCCUUCAAAAUCUCUGCCAAAGCUCCAUUCAAAAUUUCUGCUACACUCAAAGUGGCAUCAGUAGUCAUUGCUAGUCCAACUCCAUUUCCAUACUCCUCAGACAAAGCUGUCCCAUGGGGAUAUGACACUAAUGUUUACAUUCAUGGAGUUAAGCAGGGUACCUCGACUGAAGAGACCGCAAAGUUAACUACUCCAACUGUGGGUAAUAUUGUGGGUACCAGCAAGAUCACGAGAAGUGGAAGAAUCUUUUCACCAGAAAUUUCUCCAAAUGUUGCUGCUGGUCCAUUCCGAGUCCCAGUUCCUAAUCAAGAUAACAGCGCUCGAGGCAAAGAGCCACAAGUUGAACAAGUUCAAACCCCGGUGGAGAUCACUGCUGAGGAUCCAUCAAAGCAAGAAAUGGAGGAAAUAUUGAAAAUCAUCUGCAAAAGUGAUUACAAUAUUGUUGAGCAACUGGGGCACACUGCUUCAAAAAUCUCAAUGCUAUCUCUGCUAAAAUAUUCAGAAGCUCAUGCCAAAGCCCUGAUGAAGUUCCUAAAAGCUGCGCACGUACCUCAAGAGAUCUCAGUCGACCAAUUUGAGAAUUGUGUUGCCAAUCUAACCGUGAGCAAUGGUCUCGGUUUCUCUGAUAUGGAUCUAACCCCUGCUGGGAAAAAUCACAACAAAGCCUUACAUAUCUCCAUUGAAUGUAAUGGCACCACUCUAUCUCAUGUGCUAGUAGAUAACGGUUCUUCUCUGAACGUGUUACCGAAAACAGUACUAGAAAAGCUUGACUUCGAAGGAAUUGUGUUACAACCAAGCGAUGUUGUGGUAAGAGCCUUUGACGGGUCAACCAGAACGGUAUACGGAAAAGUGAAUCUCCCAAUCAGAGUGGGUUCUCAGAUUUUUGAUUCUAUCUUUUACGUAAUGGAAAUUCACCCAGCCUACUCCUGUUUACUUGGACGCCCUUGGAUACAUGGGGCAAACGCUGUAACUUCUACCCUGCAUCAGAAGUUAAAAUAUCCAGUAAAAGGAAAGAUUGUCACAGUCUAUGGCGAAGAGGAAUAUGUGGUUAGUCACCUAAGCAAUUCCAAAUAUGUCGAGUUGGAGGACGAAUUCAUCGAAACUCCAUGCCAAUCAUUUGAGGUGGUCUCUCCAGAUGUCUCUACCACCAAGCAUAUUCCUGCUACUCCAACUACAACUAUGGCUUCUCUCAAAGAUGCCAAAGCCAUGAUUGAACAGGGUGAUUGCACGGUAUGGGGACAGCUUCCCGAUAUACCCUACAAAUCUGACAAGCUAGGUCUGGGCUAUGAUAGUGAAAAUCAAAAGAAUGAUCAAAGUCCUCGUUCUGGAGGAUUAAUGUCACACUUCGUCAGCCAAGAAGUAAACGCUAUUGAAGAUGAAGGAGUGUUCUUGAACCAUAUCAUUCAGCCAUAUCCAGAUGAAAUUCCACCCAUUUCCAUGGGAAUGUGGGAUGCUGUGGGAGAACCAAACGGCGGGUAUAAUUAUCAGUAUGCCGAACCUCAGAAUUCUUAUAUUGCUAUGGAGGACCUUACCCCGACUGGAUGGGGUGAUGAAGUUGGAAAUGAUCAAAUUUUCACAAGUCCCGCCACUGAGCAAUAUCAAAAUCCACCCAAAGAAGUAUGGGACACGCUAGGAGAACCCAGCGGCAAAUAUGACUAUAUGGUGAAAUACUCCGCUCCUCCGAGCUCACAAAUUGCUAUGGAGGACAUUGUCCCAACUGGAUGGGAUGAGCAGUACGAUGACAAUUUCGCUCUUUAAAAAGCCAGGGAAAUACCAAAUAACGAGGGUUGCUUUCUGUCAGCAUACACUCCUCACCAAGAUGCACAAGUCUCUAUUCAAGACAUCAUCCCGACUUCAUGGGACGGCCUUAUCGAGCAUCUCGCUCAGCCAACAGAGAUAUCUCAGCCUGGGCUCUCACAUCCAGCAGAGUAUAUCCCUUAUCCCGAAGGAUCACCGGCUCAUUUUCCCACUAAUGAAAUCAAUGCUGUGGGAGAUGAAAAAGACAACUGCAACUGGAACAGCUGGAUGCUCCCUGCUCACAACAGUGGAUUGAACAACUGGAAAGCUGAGGAUGUGAUUUCCUUUGACCAGGAGUAAAUGCCAUUUCCUGUUUUCUUUGUGUAUAUUGUGCAAAGAUAAAAGUGGUUCCUGAACAAUCGAACCAUGAGCUUGAAAAGCCGUGUGCCUUAGCACACUGGUCCUUCUACAAAGGGCUUAUCAUAUCAUGAUCAUGUGCAUUCAAUAAAAUCAUGGGACGCUUGCAUAUUUAAAUUUUGUGAUCCUUUUUCUUUCUUUCUUCGCCUUCUAAUAGCUAUGUUUUUUCUUCACACACACUCACAUAAUUAACUUGCAGAUUCACAUACACUCUGGAUCCAGUCAACAACGAUUCUGCUAUUGCCCGUCAUGACUUUGAAAAUCCGAUCUACCAAACUGAGGACGAAAGUGAGGAAGAUUGUGAAGUGCCAAGAGAACUUGCAAGGCUGCUAGAACAAGAAGACAAGGCCAUACAGCCUCACGAAGAGCCAAUUGAGGUCAUCAACUUGGGCAACAACGAAGAAAAGAAAGAAGUCAAAAUAGGGGCUGAUUUAGAACACAGCGUCAAGCAAAGACUGAUUCAAAUGCUGCGAGACUACGUCGAGAUAUUCGCCUGGUCCUAUGAGGAUAUGCCAGGCCUUGACACGGACAUCGUAGUUCAUCGCCUACCAAUCAAAGAAGGUAGCAUUCCAGUCAAACAAAAACUACGAAGAAGUAGGCCUGAUAUGUCAAAAAAGAUCAAAGACGAGGUUGAAAAACAGUUCAAUGCCGGAUUCUUAAAAGUUGUGAGUUAUCCUCCAUGGAUAGCUAACAUCGUCCCUGUACCUAAAAAAGGACGGGAAAGUCAGAAUGUGCGUGGACUACAGAGAUCUGAACCGGGCAAGUCCCAAAGAUGAUUUCCCUUUACCACACAUCGAUGUACUAGUUGACAAUACCGCACAAUGCAAGGUAUUCUCCUUUAUGGACGGAUUCUCAGGGUACAAUCAAAUCAAGAUGGCACCCGAAGACAUGGAAAAAACAACCUUCACAACACCCUGGGGAACCUUUUGUUACAAAGUAAUGCCCUUUGGUCUGAAAAACGCAGGAGCAACCUAUCAACGUGCAAUGGUAGCGCUAUUUCAUGAUAUGAUUCAUCAAGAAAUAGAGGUGUAUGUCGAUGACAUGAUUGCAAAAUCCAACACCGAGGAAGAACAUUUGGGUCAUUUACACAAGUUGUUUGACAGACUCAAGAAAUACAAGUUGCGACUGAACCCAAAUAAGUGUACUUUUGGAGUAAGAUCCGGCAAACUCUUAGGUUUCAUAGUCAGCAGCAAAGGUAUUGAGGUUGAUCCCGCCAAGGUUAAAGCCAUUCAAGAAAUGCCUAUACCUCGUACCGAGAAACAAGUCAGAGGAUUCUUGGGACGUCUAAAUUACAUCGCCCGAUUCAUUGCCCACAUGACUACUACUUGUGUGCCGAUCUUCAAACUGUUGAAGAAAGAUCAAGUGGAAAGGUGGAAUGACAAAUGCCAGUUAGCCUUUGACAAAAUCAAAGAAUAUCUCCAAAAACCUCCAAUCUUGUUGCCACCUGUGGAAGGCAGACCUCUGAUAAUGUACCUAACUGUGCUAGAAGACUCGAUGGGGUGUGUACUAGGGCAACAUGACGAAUCCGGCCGAAAGGAGCACGCAAUCUACUAUCUUAGCAAAAAGUUUACCGAUUGUGAAACAAGAUACUCACUACUCGAAAAAACUUGUUGUGCCUUAGCUUGGGCAGCUCGCCGACUAAGACAGUACAUGCUAAAUCACACCACUUUCCUAAUCUCCAAGAUGGAUCCCAUCAAAUACGUGUUCGAAAAACCUGCUCUCUCUGGAAGAAUAGCGAGAUGGCAAAUGAUCUUAACAGAAUAUGACAUUCAAUACACUUCAAGCAAUCAAAGGAAGUGUGGUGGCUGAUCAUCUGGCUCAUCAAGCAGUAGAUGAUUAUCAAGCAUUGAACUUUGACUUCCCGGACGAAGACAUUAUGCUAGUCAAUGACUACAAACAACCAGGACCAGAAGAAGGACCCGGGCCAGGAUCCCGGUGGACUAUGGUUUUUGACGGAGCUUCUAAUGCACUUGGCAAUGGCAUCGGAGCUGUGAUCAUUUCCCCCACAGGAGGUCAUACACCAUUCACUGCCAGGUUAUGCUUCAAUUGCACUAACAAUAUAGCCGAAUACGAAGCAUGUAUUCUGGGUCUCA